CCACCGCCGUCUGUCAUCCAUGUGCUCAAUUAAUGAUCAUCAUAAUUCUUUUAAAAGAUGUCCAUAUGUCCCAAAAUUCUAUUGUUUUUUUGAGGCUUCUUUAAAGAAAAAAAUUUUUUUAUUAAAUAGAUCGAAUUUUUCUCACCCUGUUUGUUUUUCUCCUCUUCUUCUUCCGGUUGAACUGUUGCCUUUAAACAAGUGAACAAAAAUUGAAAUUUGCAUAGAUGAUUGAUGAGCAGUAAGUAGUAGCUGAACUAGAAAGCAAAAUGCUUUUUCUUUUGUUUGGAUAACUGGAUUAAAAAAAUUUUUUUUAAUAA